AUGGCAGCGGAUGCCAGGGUUUUGGCAUGCGUCUUGAUGACGCUGGUCCUUCCACUCCGGGCGCAUAAGAGAUUAAGUUCCAUUCAAGUUUUUAUGCAGCAGCCUUUCGGUAGCUGGCUUCGCCUGAACACUGCCUGGAACGUUUUAUGCGUUGCACUUUCAGUUCUUGCUUGCCGGGGCUGGGGCAUUGAGAUGUGGCAGAGAGGGCUACGUGGAAUGGUGGCCCUGAUUGGCAGGGAAGGGUUGCGAGCUGUUUGUGCUCUGCCAUACAUCCGGAGCGUCGUACGCUCGGAAGUAGCAAAAGAGUUGAAAUCGAUCGAGAAGUCCAUACACGGCGAGGGCGAUCCCACAGCGCUGCUGAUGCUCCCACGGGAAGGUCUGCCUUGCACAAGAAUCCUCGAGAGGAUUCAAGAGGCCAACGCAGCAGAAUCUGCGGAAUACGUGGGUGUCGCCAAGAAGUGGGCUGGCAUCUACCAUGCCCCGGUUGGGGAGCUUGUUGAUCUCCAGAACAAGGUCUGGGGCAUCUACAACUGCUCAAACACGCUGUACGAGGGCGUGUUCCCCUCUGUCCGCAAGUAUGAGGCAGAGCUGGUAAGCUGGGCCAUCCACAUGCUCAGUGGUCGCAGCCCUGCCUGCGGCCUCCUGACCUCUGGGGGGACAGAAUCUGUCAUGCUCGCAGCGCUGAGCUACCGUGAGCUUGGCCGAAGCAGGGGAAUCACGACUCCACGCAUUUUGGCGGCGAACACAUGCCACCCUUGCAUAGUAAAAGCCUGCCAUUACUUUGGCAUGGCUUUGACAAAGAUCCCAGUGGACGAAUCUGCAGGCUUCGCGCUGACAGCCAAGCGUGUACGAAGAUAUAUCACAGGUGAUGUUGUUUGCAUCUAUGCCUCUGCGCCCACCUUUCCCCAUGGUGUAGUGGAUCACGUGUCAGAUCUCGGCAACCUAGCCACCUCGAAGGGUAUCGGCUUACAUGUAGACAACUGCUUGGGUGGUGUACUGCUGUCCUACAUGGAGUGCAUGGAGGACAUGAAGGAGCCCUUCGAUUUUCAAGCUUGGGACUUUCGGGUUCCCGGUGUCAGCUCCAUUAGUGUGGACAUCCACAAGUACGGGAAUGCGUCCAAGGGCGUCAGCGUGAUCGCCUUCCGUGACCCAGGGCUCCGGCGCAUGACCUAUGUUCCUGUUACUGAUGGCUGCGAGGGCCUCUAUGUCACGCCCACCAUGCAAGGUGCCCGUGGAGGGGCUGUCAUCGCACAAGCUUGGGCGACCAUGCUGUCUUUCGGACAUGUAGGCUACGCAAAAUUUGCGGCUCAUGUCCACCAGACGCAUAUGCUCUACCAGAAGGUGGUAAGCAAAGUUCCUGGUUUGUAUGUCCUCUGCAAAUGUCACGCUUGCAUCGUGCCUGUUGGGUCGAAGAAGUAUAACAUUUACGCAGUCGCCUCGCUCCUGGAGGAAAAGGGCUGGAAUUUGGCGACGGGUCAGUCCCCACCAUGCCUCACAAUCUGUAUAGGGGAGCGGCAUGACCGAAUUGUCGACGUGUUUGAGCAAGAUCUUCGUGCAGCCGUGGAGUUUCUGGAUGCCAACCCAUCCCACAAGCCUUCUGGAGCCGCUGCAGCUAGGUACGGUUAG